GCUGCCCCGCCUGCCCGUCGCUUGGUUGCGGCGGCGCUUCCGUCCGUGGGGGCCGGCCGAAAUGGCGGCGGCCAGCGCAGCCUGGUCCCUGUCCUCCGUGUCCUCCUCCUCCUCUGCCGCGCUGCUGCUGCGCCCGGGCUGGGCUCCCCUGAGGCGGUGGAGAGCCCUCGUUCGCGGCGCCAGCAGCUUCCCUCGCAGCGCCGCCAGUGACGAAGCAACCGUUAUCUCAGGGACGAAACUUGCACACCAGGUUUUGAAGGAAGUUCGGAGGGAUGUGGAAUCGUGGAUAUCGGCUGGGAACCAGAGGCCUCACCUCACUGUCGUAUUGGUAGGAGACAACCCAGCCAGUCACAUCUAUGUCAGGAACAAGAUAAAGGCAGCUGCAGCUGUGGGCAUUUCUAGUGAGAUCAUACUGAGGCCUCAAGACAUUUCACAGGAAGAGCUCUUGGAUAUGACAGUAAAACUCAACAGGGAUUCCAGAGUUAGUGGAUUAUUAGUUCAGCUACCUCUCCCAGAUCACAUAGACGAACGGACAGUGUGCAACGCCAUCGCCCCUGAAAAGGACGUGGAUGGAUUCCAUAUCGUGAACAUUGGGCGCCUGUGUCUCGAUCAGCCUUCCAUCAUCCCUGCCACCGCUGCUGCCGUCUGGGAGAUCAUCAAACGCACAGGAAUACAGACAUUUGGAAAAAAUGUUCUUGUAGCUGGAAGAUCCAAAAAUGUUGGAAUGCCUAUUUCAAUGCUUUUACAUACUGAUGGAGAGCAUGAAAGGCCUGGAGGUGAUGCCACAGUGACCAUCACUCACAGAUACACCCCAAAAGAGCAGCUCAAGAUCCAUACGCAGCUGGCUGACAUAGUAAUAGUUGCUGCAGGUAUCCCAAAGUUGAUUACAACUGAUAUGGUCAAAGAAGGUGCAGCUGUGAUUGACGUGGGCAUCAACCAUAUCCACGAUCCUCUUACAGGAAAAACCAAAUUAGUUGGGGAUGUGGACUUUGAAGCAAUGGGGGCACUGAGUGAAGACUCAGCUAUUACUGCUUCAUCCCUCAGCACUGACUUGCGGAAUAACUGGACAAAAAACAACGCUGAAGUGGAUUAUACCGAGCAGCCAAAGCUCUUGAAGCUGAUGCAGACCUGCCUUGAGGAGCACCACAGCUAUUGUAUCAAUGGGCUCUGCGCCUUCCACAGCGAACUGAGGAAGCCCAUAUGCAAGUGCCUUGCAGGUUAUAAUGGAGAGAGGUGUGAACAUUUAACUCUAAAUUCAUAUGCACAUAAUUCUUAUGAGCGCUACAUUGCUGUGGGGAUUGGUAUAGGAAUACUGACCAGUGGAAUACUUGCCAUCAUCUACUGCUAUGUAAGAAAGAGAUGCAGGAAGCUGCAAUCCCCCUACAAGGUGUGCGUGGGUGAGACGGCGUUGUGAAGCCCCGGCGCUGGAACGCUCACCGCUUUGCCUGCUGAGGAGGAAGGCUCCUGGCCAUCGCACAGGCACGCCGGCCUCGCUGAGGACAUGGGCUCAGGGAACGGCAGAGGAGCGCGCCAAGGGAGCUCCCGCAGGACUGACAGGCUCUGUGUUCUGGAAGAAAGACUUCCUCUCUUGGGUGAGGGUGGAUCGUGCGCAGGUCCAAGCAGCUGGACACUGGCAGGCCUUUGGGCACGCUCCUGUGCCCAGUGUUUGCCGUGGGGAGGACUGGUUGGUUUUAGCUGUUUGCAGUCAUUUCAAGCACUCGUACAGUGUUCUGCUUUGGUCUUUUGUGUGUUUUGUUUGGUUUUGUUUUCUUCUUUUUUUUUUCUCCUCUGGAGGAUAAGCAGCACCUCCCUCACAGUGGAGCUGUGUUCUGGACAUCAUGCCCUGACCCCUAACCAUCUGGGUUCUGAUUUUGCUGUCUGCUGGCUGUGUGUGUGGAUGAACAGCCCUCUCCCAACCCAAUGGUUACCACUGGUGUGCUGGGCCAAGUAUGGGCUUCUGGUGCCGUAAAGGACAACAAAUGCUUUGGACUGAGGAAAAUGUCUGGUUCUCCAUCCUUAAAUUAGAAUAUAGAGAGUAGGCAAUUCCUGGAGAAUCAGACCGUGACACCUCUGGGCAUGGCACGUUUUUAUGGUUUUCAUAAGCAAAGCAACCAGACGCCUUUCUCAAAAUGGAUUAUGGAGCGUGCUUGUGGCAAAGAACUCUCCUCUUCCCAAACAUCCUAUAGCAGCUCCGCAGUUCCAUGGAAUUUCAGGCAGAACAUUGCCUUGCUGCACCCUGAUUCCUGCACAAGACUUGAAUUGCUAGAGAAGCUGGAAUUUUGCUAUGAAACUUCACUACGGUUUUUCCCAGGAAGCAGACUUUCUCUCUGCCAUUUGCACAUUAUGGGGACAAUGUGGCCACUCAAACAAGAACAAAAUUAUUUUAGGGAUUUAGUUCCACCCCGGACUAACAGGUUGCAUACUGCAUGCUUGGUUCCAUUCAUCUUAUCUACGGAAAAUUGGGAAGGUACGAAGAUUUCAUUCAAGGAAAAGGGAAGAAAAUUGGUUCUGAGGAUGGUGGUACUAACUGGGACGUCUCACUGACAGCUGGAGUGUUUGCCAGUGCUGAUGUGACUAGAGAUGGCUCUCAGAGAUUUUCAUUUCAGCUGCUGCACAUUGUAGGCUCAUCUGCUGUGCUCAGCCAUCUGCCAGAGAAAGGCAAUUGGUACAUCGAGGUCUUGUGGAGUAAUAUUGGCUCCUGAAUUCAGGUGCCCUGCUGAAAUCUCAUUUCUUUGUUUUGUGAGUUCAUUUUGACAACAAGGAUGUAUGCUGUUUGUUUAAAAAAUGUGUGUUUGUGAGACUACGGUGACAAUGCUGAAGGGUGUAUGAAAG